UGUCUGAUCAGCUCAGUAAUGCUGUGUGUGUUUCAGGAGGAUGAGAAGUUCCUGACAGAGGUGUUUGCUCAGCUCACAGAUGAAGCCACGGAGCACAGCAAGAGGAGAGAGCUGGUGAACUUCUUCAAGGAGUUCUGUGUUUUCUCCCAAACGCUGCAGCCUCAGAACAGAGACGCUUUCUUGAGGACGCUGGCUAAUCUGGGCAUCUUGCCGGUGCUGGAGAUCGUGAUGGGCAUGGAGGAUGUGCAGGUGAAGGCCGCAGCCACGGACAUCUUCUGUUACCUGGUGGAGUUCAGUCCGUCUGUGGUGCGGGAGUUCAUCAUGCAGGAGCCGCAGCAGGCCGACGACGACGUGCUGCUGAUUAACGUGGUGAUCAAGCAGAUGAUCUGUGAUUCGGACCCGGAGCUGGGCGGUGCAGUGCAGCUCAUGGGGCUCCUGAGGACCCUCAUGGACCCCGAGAACAUGCUCGCUCCAGCCAGCAAAGCGGAGAAGAGUGAGUUCCUGAGCUUCUUCUACAAGUACUGUAUGCACGUGCUGACGGCUCCACUGCUGGCUAACACCGGCGAGGAGGACCCAGAUCUGACGGAGGGAGCGGCUAAACCCAACCCCGUGUGUCCAGAUAACCUCCAGACGGCGCAGCUGCUGGCUCUGAUCCUGGAGCUGCUGACCUUCUGCGUGGAGCAUCACACGUACCACAUCAAGAGCUACAUCAUGACCAGAGACCUGCUGAGGAGGGUGCUGACGCUCAUGAACUCCAGACACAGCUUCCUGGCGCUCUGUGCGCUGCGCUUCAUGAGGAGAAUCAUCGGACUGAAGGAUGAGUAUUACAACCACUACAUCGUGAAAGGAAACCUGUUUGAGCCGGUCAUCAGCGCGCUGCUGGACAACGGCACCAGAUACAACCUGCUGAACUCGGCCAUCAUCGAGCUCUUCGAGUUCAUCAGAGUGGAGGACAGCAGAUCUCUCAUUGAGCACAUCGUGGACAACUUCUACACGGCGCUGGAGUCCAUCGAGUACGUGCAGACCUUCAAGGGCCUGAAGGGCCGCUAUGAGCAGGAGAAGCAGCGUCAGAGCCGAGGACUCAGCAGAUGCCGCAGGGACGCCCGCUCCUUCGAGGAGGACGAGGACAUGUGGCUGAAUGAAGAUGAGGAGACCGCUGACACAGGCUUGGACAAGUGCAAGAGCGACUACGGGAAGUUCAUGGAGAGCGAGAAAGUUAAAGAAGGUCAGGACAAGGAGAGCCAGCCCAAGCAGACGACGACGGGCAGCUUUAAGUUCAUGUUCUCUCAUUCUGCAGGAGUUCCCCCCUCCGCUUCCUCCAGCGGCUCCACACCUGCAGCGCCACCUUCAGGCCAGACGGCCCGGACCGGACCGCUGGGGCUCGUGGACUACUCUGAUGAUGAAGACGAGGAGGAGAGCGAUGACGAGGAGCAGGCGCCACACAAGAGGCCUCGUCUGGGCUCAUAAAGCCCGCUGUAGCGCUGUGCUCCCCCCACCUGAACCUGAGGAGCUCAGCGGUCUGCUCUCCAGUGAGCCGCACACGCUAGCAGGACUAGCCGCGCUAGUGAAGCUGGACUGGCUCAGACUCUGGGACUCGAGUGCUGCUGUGAUGGUGAAGCUCAGCGCUGUGGGCAGAUGUGUAUGAGAGCUGUACAGUGGCUGCUUCUUUUCUUACUGGUUUCCUCUGGACGCCUGUGUUUCUCCAGUGAGACCGUAUUAACCUUUAUUCUCAGACGUCUGUAUUUCAGGCUAGAAGAUUUUAAAACACAUGAAAUUGCAGUGAAAUGUUUAGGUUUGUGUGCCGUGUCUCCUCGGCGGAGAUGAAGCAUGUGCACUGCAGCGGUGUAACGCUUCUCCGAUCUCCGAGCUUUGGGCUCUUCUGUCUCACAGAACACAAGCUGAUCGCACUCGACCGCCAGAUGCUCAGAUUAAAUAUUAAAAGCUGUUUUUGUUUUUCCCCUCGUUUUUCUACACUUUCCUACUAGCACCAUCUCCGUUAAAGAGCAUUUGUAUCAAUUUGAUAUUUUUACAAUUUUCAGAUUAAAUUUGGUCCUGCAGUUAA